AGUGAAAAUAACAUGAAUGGAAUAAAUUGAGUGUAGAACAACUACAUUUACAUUUUAACCAUCAAAACGGCAAGAGUUCUGAGAGAAGCGACAUUUUUUACAUGAUAACGUUGUGACGAAACAAAUUUAUUUCCGAGAAGAGUGUAGUAUUUGUGUAAGUUUUUGUAGAAGGGGACUGACUUCUCUUCCAAUUGUGACAAUUCUGUGUGCUAAAAUAAAUCCUGCGUGGCUAUGAUGGGGUCUGAUACAACUACCGGUACAACCGAGAAGGUUUCCAAUAGUAGCACAGGAAAUAAAGGAGCUUCUAGUACUACAGAAGUUGAGGCUAGUAGCAACGUUGUUAGGGAACAACUGCAACAAGAUCUAGGCGUCGGCACUGGUUCCGCUUCUGCUACAACCGUCGUUCCAGAACAAGGAGACGCCCUCUCUUCUUCGCCGGAACAAACACUGCCCGCGUCAAGUAUUUGGCAAAGAAUCGCGGUCGCGCACGAAAGUUCGCGAUUCACACAGAGAUCUACUUCGCAAGAACAACAAGAUUUCCUAGUACUACAGGAGGACGAAGAAGCAGUCUCUUGCGCGGCUAGCACGGCAAAUACUAAUAGUACUUCAUCUCCGUCUAGCACAACAACUUCUACAUCCAGCACCAUGGCAUCCUACGCGAAAAAGUAUGCUGGGUUUUUGACCGAGCAUCUGAACGCGGCUCUGACGGCAGUGCAGGAGCUGGAGGGGGAAUCGGUGAAGCAAAGUGUCAAAGAUGUGGCGAAGAAGGUAUAUUUACUUCUUUAACGACGAUAUUUUGUUGUGUCAGCAAAGGUGCAUCAGAAAUGUUGUUUUUGAUACUGAUUGCGCAUGACAAAGUCACGCAUACUGUACAUAACUCUAUCAGGUAACCGUGUCGAUCCAAGAGUUGCAGGUCCGCCUCAAAGAAAACGCAAACUCCGAAGCGGUCCGCAAGGGGUUUGAAAACACGUGGCAGCACAUCGCGCACCUGAAAGAGGAGGUCGAGAAGCACUACAAAGGUACUAGAAUUCGACUAGAAUGGGCCACUUCAUCCGGCUGAUGAUGAUGUUCUACUUCUGUUAAUAUGUUUCAACUACACCAUGAUUUCUUCUUGCAUGACAUACUCGAAAUAGAGUGACGAAUUGUGUCGUGGCUAGAUUGACUACUUCAAUGGAUGACCGCGAGAGCCUUACUGUGCUAAGGUCCUCAACGUCGUCCUACUUUUGCGACUCGUUUUUCGUUUGUAAUACAACAAAGAUAAAUUAUCAGAUUCCAAGCUGAGCGCCGAUUUCCUUUCCAAGCUGUCCGGCGCCCAGUCGUACUUGCAAACCGUGCAGUCCAAACUCAGUGACUACAUCGACCUGGAAAAAACCCUCGCGCAGCUCAAGGAAAUGCAGGAGAAACUGAAUCACACCGCGUCCACCACGGGAACCAAGCUGCAAGAAAAAACGGAGAAGGCGAUCGAGGACAUUACUUCUAUCAAAGAGGAUUUAAAAACGAAAUCUUUGGAGCAGAUCUCGGAAAAAUACCAGCUGUGCGAGAAGUCCCUGACCGAGGUGGUCUCGCAGGUCAAGGUAUGAAAGUGCAAAAUUCUCCCUCCCCCUCAUUUGUAUGGCAUGAACAGCAAUACAAACGCCAGCACUCCUGGAGCCUUCGCAUGACAAGUUCACGACCGGCCGAAGGUAAUACUGUUUGGCUUUCCGAAAUUUGUCAUGCAAACAGUGCCACAGGGCAGCAAAUGGAUUUGCGGUUUUGCAUGACAAAUGAGGGGGAGGGGGAGUUGUGCACUCUCAUACAAGGAGUACACGGAAUUCGAGGGGAAGAAGGAAGUUUUUUUGCUGAAAAUCGAAGAGGGAAAGAAGAAACUGGUGGAGAUGCAGGAUAUGCAUUGCAAAUAUGUCUGGCUCUGGAACAAGGUUGCAGCUUGAACUUGUGAUGCUGCCCUUGGAUGAUGUAAAAAUCUGUAUUGCGUGAUCAGCAACAGGAGCGAAGUUUUUGCUACGCGGAGGCGGCAUUUCAAUUUCUCAUGCGGUACAGGCAUCAGGAAUAAAAAAAAUUUCGGAAAUGAAUUAUCUGUGAUGCCGGGGCAUACAUCACAGACAUCAAAGGUCAUGCAAAAUGUGCAUGACAAACCUUGCUGCACUCUACUUCCAGAGGUAGACACAUUUGCAUUCGAUGCAGGAGCGAAUUUUGGCAAACGCGGUGCUAUGAACUGCAAAAGUAAUAUCGUAUUCGUAUAAAUGCAUGACAAAUUUCCUCAGCAUGAGAAAUAUAAUUUGUCAUGCGGAUUUACCUUCAGAAAAAAAUUUGUAAUGCAUGACUGCAAUUACUACGAGUGCGAUACUUUUGGAGAUGAUAUGUGCUGGACAAGGCUUUGACGGGGUUGAAGGAGGUUUCGGAAACAGUGAAAAAAACGACCAGUGAAGGUAGUAAAAUGCUUUGCACAAUAAAGUUUGUCAUGCUGAAUGACGUCCGUGAAAAACUUUGUCGUGCAGUUUUGUCAACACAGUCAUCAAGUCGUUGUCGUGCUAGACUCCAUCCUGGAAAAAGGAAAUGCAAUACGAAAUAACUCAUAAACGCCUCCAGGUAAAGACCAGCUCCUCGCUUCCAUCGAGGCGUCGAAGCAGAAAGUCCUGGACCUGAAAUCCGAACUGGCUACCUACAAGGACAAACAGGUUAUCAACCUGAAGACCUACUACCUCGAGUCGCUGGAAGUGAUCAAGAACAUCGAGCUGAAGGACAAAUUUUCGAAAAUCCUGACCCCGGAGCAACAGAAGCAGCUCCUGGAGAAGCUGAACAUUAUCAAAUGCAAAAAUGUCUGGGUCUGGAAGAGUACAAACUUGUGAUGCGCAUUCCAGAACACAGAAAAAUAUCUCAUGCAUAAGUAGGCAGCAAAAGUUGCCCACUUUUUGUCACCAAAAUAGGGGAUUUGGCAUGCGGAUUCGGCAUUGUGGAAGCUUCUCGAGCCCUGUGAUGCUAGAGCUUCCGCGCCAGACCUUUUUUGUCAUGCAAAAACAGCAUGACUCUUCCAGACCCAGACACUUUUGCAGUUGAUAAACCUCCUGAAGUCGCAAAUCGAGGAGAUUUUCACGAAAAACAAGCAGCUCGCGGUCAGUUACUACACAUCCACGGCCUCAAAGGUCAGCGUCAACCUACAGGACGCGAAGCAGGCCCUGGCGCAGUUGAAAGUGCAAAUUGCCACCGCCAUUGCGGAUUUCAAGGAGACCGAGAAGGGGAAGAUGAUCACGGAAAAGUUCGCGAAAGUCGUGGAGUUGCUCGAGAAGUUGAUUGACACCGAAAAACUCGGCAAGAAAUUGACGGAGGGAAAGGAAACGCUGAAAGAACUCUACCUGCAGACGUUCACGGCCAUUAACGGAUUACGUAUAGAAUUUGUGUUUUUGUUGAGAAUUAUCAGAAUGUCAAUGUGGUGCUUGUGCUGCGAGAAUUUGUCUUGCAUCACAGGACCUUAUCAUGCGAUGCACAUGCUGCAGGAGCAGCAUGACAAACAUAUUGAACCCAAAAUAAAACCUUUUUAUCAGGUAAGGAGAUAACGGAGGGCAAACUCCCGGAGCAGGUGAUCAAGCAGUUCAACGAAGUUUACACAAAGAUCACCGUCGCCGCCGUGCAAGAGACAGCUUUGUCCACUGUGGUCUCCACCUCGGUGGGGACGGCCAAAUUUGCGGAGAGGAAGUUUCCAAGCGUGUUGGAGAUGGGCAAAGUCUUGCUGGAAAAGGCCAAGGAACUGGAUGACAAGAAGUACUGAGUUUUGUUUUUGCCACGAGUUUGUCAUGCAUAGAACAAACUACACUAUCACUAAAACUGGAUGCUGGCUGGCAAUUACCUGCCCUGCAUCUGAACCUGAAGACUUCUACUUCAACAUGCGAAUAUCGUCAUGAAUAACGAUAUUAAUCUACAUCUCCAUUCCCAAUACUACAUCACCAGGUUCGGCUCCAACCUGCAGACUGGUGUGAGUAAGGCCAUCGACACGGGGAAGUCACUGGACGCGAAAUACCUGAACGGAAAGACGCUGUCUACGGUAAAUCGCGCGGUGGAUUUGUAUGAUGAGAAAACGAGUACUACUACGAGCACGGCGGGAAAGGAGGUGGUAUCCGUCGCACCAGUAGCGGCCCCGGUCGACAUCCCGGCCGUCGAGGAGGUAUCCACGUCCCAGGUCGCGGGAAGCUAA